AUGGACAAUAAAAAAAAGAAAAGCGGAAUCCAAAUAUUUUUCGAUUGUGCUCAACUUGUAAUUGCAUUAUUUAUUCCAUUGGCUAUAAUUGCUUAUACUGUCAUGCAAAAUAAUACUGAGAUAUCAAUUGCACAAGAAAAUCGCAAACAAGAUUUGAAAAUAGCUGAUGAACGUCAUGAACAAGAAAUUAUUUUAUCCACAGAUGAACAAGAAGAAGCAGCUUUGGUUCGUUAUUUUGAUUCAUUAGGUAAAUUAUUAGAAAAGGAUAUGAAACUAAUGAAUCGAACAAGUAUUGCUCGGUUUAAGACAUUAACAGCUUUGGCACAAUUGAAAUCAAAACGAAAAGGUUAUCUUAUUCGAGCAUUAAUCGAGAAUGAAUUAAUUACUAUGAAUUAUGGUGAAGAUCUAAUUAUCGAUUUAUCUUUGGCUGAUUUAACAGGUCUUGAUUUAAGCACGAAUAUGCUUGUAAAAAAUGAAAUAACGUGUGUUAGCUUCGAUCAAACAACAUUAAUAAAUGCAUCCUUUCGAGGCAUGACACUGAAUGGUAUAACAUUUGAGCAUGCUAUUUUGACCAAUAGUGAUUUCUCCUUGUCUUCUGCUGUUAAUAUGCGGUGGUGUAGUCAUAGCAAUAUAUUUGGUGUAGAGUCCUGCACGGGUGCACUUUUUAGUACCCGAAACCGAACCGGCAUUUUUUUUAUGCCCGGGCCCGAACCGACCCGGCUAGUUAACCACCCGGAACCGAACCGGACCGAAUGA